CUGCAAUGGCUCCAAGCAGCAGCCACAGAUAUUAACGCUGAAGCCCCCACUGCCUAUAGUGGCGAUCUCGAGUAUUUCGCAAAUCUCUCCAUCGGGAAUCCGCCGGUACCUUUCCUGGCCUUAAUCGACACGGGCGACGGCCUAACAUGGACCCAAUGCGCACACUGCCGCCACUGCUCUGCACAGCCGACUCCCUUAUUCAAUCCCAAGAAGUCCAGCUCGUACACCGCGUUAAAUUGCCCGAACGAUAAAUGCAAACUGCACGAUCCCGAUGGUUGCAAUGGAUUGCCGCCUGGCACCAAAUGCAAGUACAGAAAAGUGUACCUAGAUGGCACCGGGACCCGAGGCGACCUGGCCACCGAGACCCUCUGGUUUGGGGACGUCCACGUCCCCGGAGUCCUAUUGGGCUGCGCAUUUCACAGUUACGGAGAUGUACUACGUGGAGGCACGGGGACCUUGGGCCUGAUGCAGUGGAACGANCAGCAUUGUCUCCCAACUCGACUCCCCGUCCCCAUCAACGCCUCCGCGUUCAGCGCGACAAACAACGAUGGGUCAAGGGGUAUGAUCAUCGACUCGGGAACAACGUUGACGUAUCUCGAGAGGAGCACGUUCGACGCCGUUGCCCGGGAAAUCACCCGCCAGAUCAGACUCCCACGGACCAGCCAUGGGUACCUUACCUUGUGCUACAAAUGCCCGAAAGGCCACGCGGGGGGAAUU